CGGAAUUGUACGCUUGUAAAGAUCAAAGAACGUACUGACAACGCGACAGCGCGAAAGAUUAUGAAGAUUGGCGUACAUUACACGAACGUAUCGCGCAAUUAUGUAUAUAUGUACGAUCGUAUAUGUUUGCACAUAUAGUGUCAUGUACGUAAUCGAGCGAGCGAUGAACUCGUAUUAGCGUUUUCCCUCGAUUAAUCUCACCUCUGAUCCGAUCGCGCCGUCCAUUAAUCAUUUUCUCUUUCGCAAUCUCUCUCUGCGAUUCUCAAUUACAGUUUACCGUGUGCACGUUUACGUACGCGACGCGCGUUGACGCGUUACAUGGACGUAAGCGUCGUUGUGUCGCCCUGGUAAAUCGGCAAUUAAAGAUCCGUCCGCGACAGGGAAAACUCGGUUCCGUCUCCUCGUCGUCGUUGCUGUCUCGAAAAGAAGCAUCGAUCCAUCCCGUCGACCCCUCUUCUACCUUACGGAAAAAAAAGCGAGGCGCAAAAAAUUGGAAAAAGGAGACAAAAAACCGAGUCGACGAGAGAGGGGCAAGGAGACUAGGAGAAAGAAAGAGGGGUGCGGCGAGUCAGCGCAAGAUGGAUUUCCGCAAAGUUCGAGCGGGCCUUAACUCGCGAAAAAUGUCAAAGCGAGUAGAAGAAUAGGCCGAGGAUAUAUAAGACGGAGGAGCGGGGGUAGUACACCCGGUAGACGAGGCGAAGAGGGUGCGCGAGGGGUGCUCGUUGAUCCGCGUGUGUGUAAGUGUAUCCAUGUAUUUAAGAUCCGGAGGAUGAGAGGCGUACAAAGGGGGACGGAGCCGAGGGGGAAGAAACGCGAGCCGGGUAGGGCGGGAAGGAACGAGAGAGGUUCCGAGGGGGCCGCCCGGCAGGAAUCGCAUGACGGAGAGGGCACGCUAGUUUCGUUGGAGGGGAUGAUUGUCAAAACAGGGCUGCAAGACGCUGCGAAAAAUGUUCGUAUUUAUGGCACUAUUUCCGCCGCUUCGAGCUCUUCCGCUCGGUCCCCUCCACCGUCGACGCGCCUCGCGACGCGCUCUUCCGUGCCCCUUUUCUCUCCCCCCUCGCCCCCUUCGCCCCCGUCGCCUUCUCACCCCCGCCCGGAUCUUCUUCUCUACGUCCCCCUCGCGCCGCCGUUUCGCGGAGCGCGCGUCGGUUCUUACUUCCUCUCGCUCGUCGUUGCGCGUCUCCGGGUAUCUCUCCCCCUUUUCCGCCCCUCCAUGUCCUCUUCGUCAUCCCCACUCGAUCACCCCACUUCGUCCGCGGUCGAGAGGGGGGCCCCACCACCGUCGGGCGCGCACAGCGGGGCGCGAUUGCCCCCACCGCCGCGGGCACCACUUUAAUGUUACAUUAAUAAAAAGCAACAAUCAAUAUCUUCCCCGUAAAAAAUUUUAAUCUAUAACAGAGAGAAUUCUCUGCCCCCCUGCCUCUAUCCUCCGACCCCUUGCGUCUCACCCCCGGCCGCCCGUCCGAUCCCCUCUCCUACGUGUCGCGCCUUCUCCCGCGCCUCUUCUCCCUCUUGAGGAAAGCACCGUCGGCGUCGAGCCGCCGCGGCUCGCGGAGGUCCUCAGUAUCGUGCCUAGGCUCUACGCGUACCCCGUGACUCUCUCCCUCGUUUUGUCUGUCUAGACACGAAUACACGUCAACGUGCCGCGUCGUUCGCAUAGUCCUCGAGUAAUUCUUACUUAAUCGGAGAACGCGGCUGUUGUACGACGGUGAUUCAAAUUGAUUCACGUAGCAGUGCAAUUUAAUAAGACGAGAAGUGGUUUGCGUGCGGAAUCACGAGACUGGCGUUGGUGAGCUUUCCGGAAACGAGUCACCGACUGAUCCACCGCAUCGUUCACGACUCUCUCACGAGCCGGUUUCCAGCAGUUCGAGGAACAGCAUAUAGGGAAGUGAACCGGUAGCGAGGAGAACAAGUCGAAGGAUCCUCAUCCUCGGCGACUCGCGCCGAUUUAUACGUAAAUGUUACGGGAAACCUCAAUCAAACCGACUUACGAGUCGCUCUAAUCCUGAAUCAGAACGAGCUUAAAGACUUAUUUAACAUUGGCGGGGAAACGCCGGAAGCGAAGAGGGCGAGCGACGUGAGUACGGUGAACCCCGGAAGCGAACGCAACGGUGGCCGGCUCGGUCGAGGGGGGAGUUUGCACGGUGGUGCCAGGCCCGCGCAUGCUUCAACAACGAGGUUGUUCAGCACCCGCGCUCGCUACGAUCACCAGCUCAGCAUCAUCGUCAUCGUCAUCGUCAUUCACAAAUACCACCAUGUUCCCGCAACAGUACUGCCUGAGAUGGAAGUACCAUCACAGCAAUCUACAGACCAUGUUCUCACAGCUGCUCGAGCGACAGGCCUACUGCGACGUCACGCUCGCCUGCGAGGGCAAGACGCUGCGAGCGCACAAGGUUGUCCUGUCAGCGUGUAGCACAUAUUUCGACACAAUUUUAUCACAAUACGAGGAGAAGGAUCCCAUUGUCAUCAUGCGAGAUGUCAAAUUUUCCGACAUCAAAGUACUCGUCGAAUUCAUGUAUAAGGGAGAGAUCAACAUCGAUCACACGAGGCUGUCGUCGUUACUGAAAACCGCAGAGGAUUUACACAUCAAGGGGCUCGCCGAGGUGAGCUGGCGCAGUGAUUCCACGCAAAACGACUUGAACAACACUGGUCACAGUCCUGGCGCCGCUACCCCCGGUGUUGAGACGGUCCUACGGGAGGGUGAAGAAGAGCCGCCACCUCCGAAACAGAGACGCAGAGGUCGUCCGCCUCUGGACGACCCACCCUCGGCACACGACGUCUUCACGCCUAAGAUCACUUGCAUCACCGGAAAUACUCGCAGCGGCGGGUAUUACACAUACGCGGGGAUACCCACGCACGACUCUAAUGUGUCACGUCGAACCUUUUCCCAGGAGGAAAUGAUGAGCGAGGGCGGCGACCAUGAGAGUUGGGACGACGAGAUGAUGAUGAACGAGAAUAACGAAACGCCAGUGCCGGUGAUAUCCUACAUGUCCAAGGAUGAUAGUACAUCUGAUCAAGAAAAGAAAGCGCCUAGCACUCCAUCAAACUCCAACGCCUCGAAUCUGUCGAUUCCCGAGCAAUUCCGGGACGUGGUAAAAAUGAACGAUUAUCUGACAACGGGACGCCGACAAGAGUUUUGGGAAGAACCGUUCACGCGACGUGUUAUGGACGCCAUCAAAAGCAAAGAAUUAGAGAUGAAGACUGCCGCCGAGAUCCUCGGCGUCUCCUAUGGCACUCUCUAUGGCAGAUACCGCGACAGUUAUGGCUGCCUUAAACAUCCAUACAGAGUAAGGGAUUUCUGGUCUGAACCGGGCCCUGCUGAAGUGUUAGCGAAACUGCGGCGGAAGGAGAUUACCUUGUUCCGAGCUGCCGAGUUGCUCAAUGUGACCGUCCAUACGCUCGCGACAUACUUGUCGACCCUGCAAGGUCCAGACAGGAUCUCGUUGGCCGGUGAUUUGGCAUCCGGCGGUAACAUCGACGGUGGCAGUAGCAACAACGCGACGACGAUGGAGUCGGCGGCAACGGAAAACAAUGAAUCCGUCAACGACAUACUGCAGAAGAUCAACGCAAACGCGGCGACCGCGGCAACGUUGACCGCAACUACGACGUCGAUUAAACGCGAGGGUGGCGGUUAUAUCGAAGUAAUGUCGACAACAGUGCCGAAAGCCGCGACGUCCAUGCUGGAGAACAAUCCGGACAUCACGAUCGUCAAGUCAGAGAACACGCCGCGCAAACGUGAUUACGCGAAGAUGCCCAACGCGGAAAAUAACAAUGCGAAGCUGAUGAGCGGUGGUGCCGUCAGUGAGGUCAGUCAACAGCAGCAACAACAACAGCCACAAAAACUCGCUGAUCCGUUGUCAUUGAAUAACGAUAACAGCAAACCCUAACUAUUCAGACCAUAUCUAAUACCCACGACAAAUCACCAUCAUCACCAUCACCCCCGCAGUGCAGCGCCGAACAAUGCCAACUACAGAUCCGACCUGCAGUGCCCGCGCAGUUUCUAUUCCAACAUGUUUACGCGUUUUCUCACGAAUUUUCAUUUGAAAUAGAUAGGAAGGAACACCGCUGCUCCGUGCAAUGAUGCCAGAAUGGAUACGCCGGUAACUGAGAGAAAGAGAAGUAGAGAAGAUGAUGCAUACGAACGAAAACCGUAUAUGUGUGAGCUCAGUGAGUCAUCUUCGCUCGUGUGCGUCACCUUCUUCACUUCCCCUUCUCUCAGUUACCAGUAUAUUCAUUCCUGCAUCACUGGCUUCGCGCACGUCCGAUUUCAAAAAAAUAAUAGCUUUAGACAAUCUCGUGUGUAAUCAAUUGCGAUUGAUUGAUGGGGAGUCAUGACUGACGUUGGAAUGUAAGAACAAAUUUCAAAUCUCAUCUGGCGAUUUACAAGGAAAUCUCACGAACUGGAAAAUUCUGAUAAAAUUUUAAUAAAACUUAUAUAUAAGGUAAAUGGACUUAUAUAUAUAAGGUAAAUGGAAAUAUAGUCGAUAUAUCGCGAGAUUGCUUAAUUUAUUUAAUUUUAAGAAGGCUUGACGAAAUUAUAUCCGCUGACGAAGUUAUAGCCAUUUACCUUAUAUAUAGAAAACACACACACACACAUACACACACACACACACACACACACACAC